AUGCUCUCUUCGAAAAACAAAGAGCCACUAUAUAUAAUUUCAGAUUAAAUGAAGAAAUUAACCAUAAUUAUCAAUAAUAUUAAAUAAGAAGCAGCCUAAGUCUAAGAUGACACUUUAAAUCUAUAAUAUAAUUAUAGAACUUUCGCCACAGCAGAAGCAUUAAAUUCGCAAAUAACUGUUUUAUUUUUGACUGCGAAUGGAGCACUAUUCAUCCUCAAAAGAAUUGCGAUUCCUAUAUGGAUUGAGAUCGGAGGAUAUAUGGAUUGA